AUGUCGGGCUACACGCUCGCCGUCAUCGGCUGCGGCACCAUGGGCGUCGCCAUCCUCUCGGGCGUCUUCGACUCGCAGCGCCAGAUCCUCAGCUCCAACGCCGCCUCGCUCUCGUCGUCGGUUGCCUCUCUCUCCAAGCCAGGUACGACGGCGACCGACGAAGACGACCUGACGCAGCUGCCCUCGCGCUUCAUCGCCUGCGUCAACCGCACCGAGUCGGUCCGCCGCCUCCGCAAGACGUUCGCAAACGCCCCCGACGUCGACGUCGUCGCCGGCGCCGGCGAAAACGUCAAGGCGGCGCAAAAGGCCGACGUCGUCAUACUCGCCUGCAAGCCCAACAUGGUCAAGGACAUCCUCGAGGAAGACGGCAUGCGCGACGCCGUCGAUGGAAAACUCGUCAUCUCCAUCUGUGCCGGGCUGAGGAUCCAGCAGAUGCGCGAGUGGGUCACGCCCGGGACAAAGGUCGUCCGCGCCAUGCCAAACACGCCCUGCAAGAUCCGCGAGGGCAUGACGAUCCUCUCGCCCCUGCCGCCCAACCUGCCGACGCUGGCGCUGGAUCGCUCCAUCCUCCUUUCGAUCUUUUCCGCGGUGGGCAAGUGUCGCUUCCUCGACGAGAAGCACUUUGACGCCUGCACCGCCCUCGCCGGCUCCGGACCGGCGUUUGCCUGCGUCUUCCUCGAGGCCAUGGCCGACGGCGGCGUCAUGAUGGGCCUGCCCCGCACCGAGGCGUUGGAGCUCGCCGCACAGACUAUGCAGGGCGCGGCGAGGAUGGUGAUGCAGUCCGGCAUGCACCCAGCCGCGAUCAAGGACAGCGUCACGACUCCCGGUGGGUGCACCAUCGCCGGCCUGCUCAACCUCGAAGACGGCAAGGUACGCUCCACGGUCGCAAGGACGAUCCAGGCUGCGGCGGAACACGCAUCCGGACUGGGCCAGACGACAAAGAAGUGA